CUCUUUUUAAUUUUAACAGAUCAAUUUUAAAAGAUUUACAGAUAAAAAAUAUAAGACCAAAAGAAGGCAAUUAUGAUUAGAGCCGAACUAUUUUCGUUGCUUACCAUUACUUUAUUUGGAAUGGUUGUUGGAUAUAGCGGUCCCGGGAAGCCAAUUCGAAUCCCAGAUAUGUCCCCAGGAACAACUCCGGGAGUCGUGUACGCAACACACAGUCCUGACUGCGGUGAACAUAAAAAUGGAGAAACAUUUCAAACAGAAGAUCCCUGCUUCCAACAAACGUGCAGUAAUGGAAUAUUGUUGUUUAAAAUGUGUCCUCCAGUUACACUUAAAGAUUCUAAAUGCAGACGAGAAACCGGAAAAGGACCCUACCCUCACUGCUGCCAACAUUCCGUCUGUCCCGGUGAUCCAGGAUUUUAAAAAUCAAAAAUUGUUUUAGAAUGCUUAACUUAAAAUUUCUCGCAUAUUUUCUACGAGAAAUUUUCUUAAUUCUCAAUAAAUUUUAAAA